AGUUCUCUUCAAAAACAACAUCAUUACUGAGGACAUUUUGUUUAAACAUGGAUGUCGGACAGGACAGUCCGAUCAUCAUUCAAUCGGAUGGUACGUUUGUAGAAGUUGUUUGUAUAUUUAUCUCUAACUCUAUAUAUUUAUAUAGACAUUAGGCCCUAUCAUUUAUAAUUAUUAGGGCCUAGGCUAUAUAUAUAUCAUUGUAAUUUAUAAUUAUUUGUUUAUUUUUUACUUUGAUUUUGAUAAUGAUACUAAUACUAGUGUGAAGUGUCACCCGAGACAACGCAUAGUAGUACUAGUACUAGUACAAAAUUAGGUGUUAUAAAUGGAGCUAUUUUCGAAAAUUAUUACAAUCAAUUUAAUUUUAUUUAAUGUUUAGGUAAAUAUUUUGCCUUUCUAAUGAUUAAUUUUACUUUUUUACUAUUGUCAGUCUGGUACUGUAGUUAGCUUAACUAGUUAACUUAUAAACUAACUAAUGACAGGAAUGUUGAAGUUGAAGUAGACUAAGACUAAGUAGAAGGAGCCAGUUCAGUAGAAGUACUAUUACUAAUAAUAAUAAUGACAUGCCCAGUUGACAUUUGUUGAUGCUAUACUUUAGUUUUUAUAAACUAUAUACCUAAUAUUAGUAAUAUAGUCCAUACAUGUUUAUGAUAUUAGUAUGGCAUGGGCCUACUACUACUACUACUGACUACUACUACUACUAAGUCUUAGGGACUUAGUCUUAGGCUAAAAUUAAAUAAAUAUUUCAAUUUUAUUAUUAAUUAAUUGGAUGAGCGUUUAAAAAUGUAUGGGUGUACUCUGUCUUGUAUGAGUAGGCUAUGUAUUGUAAUUUAAAUUUUAUAGUAUGAAUCUUAUUCUUCUGUCUUAGUCCAAGUACUCUUAGUAAUAGGCUAUAGUGUAUUAAUAGAAGUAAAAUCAAAAUAAAAUACAUCCUGUCAUUGUGACUCAGGUGGUUUUGUCAUGAUCAGAUGAUCAUAAUUUUUAUUUAUAUUUCAAUUAAUAAUUUGAUUGAAUGUGAACUUAAGUAACUGUGUUGGCAGUUUGAAAUUAAAAUAUAUAAGCCACUUCCAGUCUAGUAGUUAAGGAUAAUAGUUCAGUAUAGACGAGUAUGCAUAUGAAAAUAUGUAUUAAUAUGUUACAAUAACAUUAUUGGCUAUGGACCAUGGACCUCUGUGGUGACUGUGGUGUCACUGUUGUUAGAAGUUACAAUGAAUAUAAGACAGUUUUGCUUUAGUUAUUGUCUUAUAGUUUUAUGUAUAAUUAUAAUGUAGGCCUCUGUUUCCCAAGUUGUUUUUCCCCUUCCCCCUACAUCCCACCUGAGCACCUAAAAAUGUUAAGUUAAAAAGAGGUUAUAUGCAGUCAGGAGGGUUGAAUUUCAUGUUUGCUGUCUGUUAAGGCCUUGUUUGAAAGAUACAAUGUUUUAUGAUAAAACUUGUACUAAAUUAAAUAUUUUUGAAUAACUUUUUUAAAAAAAUAGUUACUUUUUAAAAAUGACUUUUUAGAAUAUUGUCUGAAGAAGCCAGUUGAACAAAAUAUUAUUUUAUUUUAUAGGCUAAAAAAAUAUUAAACAAAAAAUAUGAAGUGCCUGCUCACCCAACUUUUGAGUUCCCCUUACUUUACCAUCCUUCCCAAAAUUAAAAACUUAAAUUGUCAUUAACUUCCCAGAAUACAAUAUUCCUUAGCUUUACUUAUUUUGAUCUACUUCUAACAUAAGUUAGCCUGUUUUAAAAAUCAAUUUUCCAGACGAGGAUGAUGACGAUGUGUUGUUGAUUAAAGAAGAGAAAGCUCCUUUAUGUUCAGAAAAAAAGGAAGAAGAUGAUGUCAUUUUUGUAUCUGAGGAACAUUCACCCAUACUCAAGAAAGGAACAUCUGCCACACAGGUAUUCACCUAAUCAGUUUUUGUAUUAGGUAUUCUUUGAAAUGUGAGCUUAACUCUUUGCAUUUUGACUGACUUAGUCAGGCGCAUGAUAAUAUUUAAUAAAAAAAUAAAUUCUAAAUAUCGUCAAAACCAUUUAUUCAAUAGCUUGAUUUUGAUAUGGAUCAAUAAGGAAUUAUGGAAAACUUGAUAAGAAAACACUAAACACUGUACAUGUCGACAUAGGUUAGAAGCUGUGUCUAGCGAGAUAAGAAAUUGAAUUAUGCUGUCUUUUAAAAGACUUUUUCUAUACUCUCAUUUCCAUCUUUUGUGUGGAGCAUUAUUUGUUUGUUUGCACACGUGGCAUUUGAAGACUUUCUUGUGCAGUGGUCAUCUGGUAAACGGCCAAAAGUUUUUCCUUACCUUGUAUUGCUUAUUGUCAAUGUCAAUUUCGAUAUUAAUGUAAAAAAUAAUUAAAUCUGAAUCAAGAUAGUAAAUAUAUAACUCACAAUUUUAAAUAUUAUUAAGUUAACAGUCAUGGAUUAGUGUGUUUAAAAAAAGAAAUCACAGUUUCUUUUGGCAUUAUUGUAAUUAAACAUUCAACACAUCAUAUUAAUAAAUUCAGCAUGCUUCCUCAACCCCUCAUUUUUUCCUUGGAAAGAGUAAUGUGAAUAAGUAAGUGGAAUAAAAAAAUAUCUAAUCAGUUGUAAACCGAACAAAAUAAAGACAGAAUUUGAAAAGCAAACAGAAGCUAAAGAAAUUAUACUCUUAAAUUUUAAAAUAAGCAAAUCUGGAAAUCUUCAAUGUAUUUGUGGAUAAAAAUAAAUAUAUAAACUGGUUUGGGAAUUUUUCAGUAGCUAAAUAAAAUGUAUUUUGUAAUAUUUACCCUUGUUCAGUUAAUUGUAUUCACAGACUCACAAAUUUAAAUCAAUUUUUAAAUUAUUAUUUAACUAGUACGUUGCUCCAAUUUUUCCAGAUUCAUCUAUAAUAUAAUUAUUUCAUUACUUCCUUAAAAGCUUUAUUAUUUUAUUUUCUGACAGUCUCUGGGACUAGUAGCAAUAUCAAAGAGGAAAAGGUUUAAAAUACUUUCUAUUUCGUAAAUUUGUAAAAUUGUGGGUUUACCAGAUUUUAUCUACCUUUUUUUAUAUAUAUCUUAGACUGGAUCAAGCUCUGAUGGACAGUCCAGUUCUUCUUCAGAUGAGGAGGAUGUUACAUAUAAUGCCACACAACUUUUCCCAUAUACAUCAGAAUUUUCAUCAGUCAGUGCCAUAGACAACAUCAUUCGACCCCUUGAUCUUUCGAGCUCUCCCCUGACCACCCUGGAUGGCGCUAUUUCUACACCAAUCAUCACUUGUGUAGACCUUCCUGGUGUUGGCCUGAGCCAGGGCUCUACAAGUAAUCCUGAUAACCAAUGUCUCAAUGGAGAGAAAGCUCCACAAGAUGCAGAUCUGAACUUGGGAAAACUACAAAGUGUUUUUGACAUUGGUGCUAGCAAAAUUGAUGACUUGUCCUCUAAGUCAGAUCCUUUCAUUCCUCUCAAGCUUACGGAUGCCCAGGACACAAACCCAACAAACACUCUCAACACCCCUGUGUGCAAGAUGGAACUUGGUCAAGGAUAUUUUGAUAUGAAAGGGGCCAGAAACUUGCACGGUUCUGGUGCACUCUUGAGUCUUCCUCAUAUUCAGAAACAUCUACCAACCUGUAACCCUGCCAUUGAUAACAGUGCAAGAGGAUUUUUUCUUAACAUUAAAGAUAUUUCUGUCGGUUCCUGUGCUCAUCAAGACAAAUCUCUUUCACUUCAAGAAGGGGACAGUUGUAAACCAGUUAGUGAUUUGGAUUCCAUUUUGCCCGGAGUGCCCAAUGUCCUACCUGGUGGCUUAGUGACCACUUCAGUAUCCACAGACAAAAAUCCAUCCACCUGCCCUGAAAGUCAUUCAGGCGUGAAAAGGGCAACAAGACUCAACUCUGCCUUUGGCCCAGGCUUUUGUCAAAAUGCAAGGGAUGAAAAAGCUAGUACAUCCAAGUGUGACGACUCUAUGCAGCAGUCCAGCAUGAGAGACUCGAGUGAGAAAUCACUUAAGAAAUACGGCAAUACAAUGUUACACUUUGGAUUUGACAAAUUCAGCAGAGAGGAUGUAGAUUCAUUGUUUUUGUUCCUAGCCCCUGAUGUGAUCGAUGCAAAGAAACGAAAUGAAGAUUUUUUAAAAAUGCCGGGCACAGGUCAUUUUGACACACAGGACUAUAACAGUAAUGAUGGUCAGCAAAAGUCAAAGGACGCAUCUGAUGAUUCGCACUCGGGUAUCAGUAACUUAAUGGGUCUAAAACAGUGUGUGGAUGAUCUGUUGUCUUCUAGUGAUGACACCACACCAUCCACGGAUUCAUUUUCAUCUGUGUCAACUGUAAGUGAUUUAUUAGGUAAACAUGAUUUGGUAAAACCUGGAGAAAGUCAUCAUAGCCAGC